AUGAAGAAACUCUAUUGUAAAGGUAGAAUAAUGUGCGAUUACGUUGACCCAUUGACCAAUACUUUACUGAUGAAAAAAUGGAGAUUGGUGUUAUUCCUGGCAUUCAUCGCAUCCAUCGUAAUUUUUUUACUACAAUUAUCAAUAAUCAGUGGAGAUGAAUAUGAAAUCGGAAAGUGCACUUUUUUCCAAAAGACAAAGCAGUUUCUAGUUUGGCUAACUACACUGACUACUAGUGUGAAACUCUUUCGCUCGAUUUUCCAUUGCUACGUAUUUGCACCGUUUAUCAGAAAAAAUUCCAGAUAUUCUCGAACUGAGACUCAUGUCGAGCUUUGUCCACUAGUGAAUUUAUCCAACGAUUAUUCCAUUGAUGUAGUGUCAGGUCAUAAGGUCAAGUUGAACAUUACUAAUAGUAAUAAUAAGGCUCCAGAAUUUCUCAAUGUUUUCGUUAUUCUUCACUCACACGUUGAUCCAGGAUGGUUGAAAACUUUUAACAAUUAUUACUAUCAUAAGGUAGAAAAAAUUAUCGAUAAUGCAGUGGAAUCAUUAAUGAAAUUCCCACAGUUGAAAUUUAUUUGGUCGGAAAUUUCAUUUUUAGAAAAGUGGUGGUCAAGACAGAAGAGAAUUGCUCAAAAUCAUUUGCUUAAGCUUGUAAGAGAACGACGAUUUGAGAUCAGUGGCGGAUCUUGGGUUAUGACAGAUGAGGCGACACCUUAUUUUUGGGCAACUAUUGAUAAUAUGAUAACUGGACAUCAGUAUCUUCUACAGACAUUCAAUGUUACUGUUAAUACUGCAUGGUCUGUGGAUCCGUUUGGUCAUAGUGCAAUGAUGCCAUAUCUUUUUUCACUGUCCGGUAUAAAUCGUAUGGUUAUAAAUAGAAUCAGUACGUUGAUAAAGGAUAUAAUGAAACAAAAAUCACAACUUCAUUUCAGAUGGGUGCAACCAUGGGAUGAGGAAAUAAAAUGGGCACCGCUCGUUAAUGUCUUACCUCGGUUGUACUAUACGACCAUUAAUGCUUGUGGUCCUGAUGAAAAAAUUUGUUGUCAAUUUGAUGUAGCACCAACAGCUCGAACUUUUUGCGAAAGAAGAGCGACAAGCGAUGCGAGCACUCUCGAAGAGUUCUCAACGCUAAUGGCUGAUCAGUACCGCAAACUGCAGCCAUACUAUAAUUCCAAAAGUGUGCUGGUCGCAGCGGGCGACGAUUUUCUAUUUGCCGGUGAAAAAGAUCUACCGACUGUUCACAAAGUUUAUAGCGCUUUGUUCAAGUAUAUCAAUGAACAUCCCAAGUUUAAUAUGAAAGUGCAGUUUGCAACAAUCAACGAUUAUUUCAAUUCAUUGGAAGGUUCUCGAAUUUUUCCACUUCUCAAAGGAGAUUUCUUUCCUUACGUUGACAAUAUCAACGGUUCAUAUCCAUUUUGGACUGGAUUUUUUGCUCAUCGGCCCUAUCAUAAACGAUUGGAAAGAAUCGUUUUGGGAAGGCUUCGAUCAAUGGACAUACUUUCUGCCAUAACAAAAUUAGAGCCUAGUGUAAAUUCGGAAAAAGCUCGACGAGAUUUUGCUUUGUUUCAACAUCACGAUGCAAUUACAGGGACAAGUAAACCGCAUGUAAUGAAAGAUUUUACCAGCAGACUAUUUUUGCGAAUUUUCAAUCAAAAUUCAUUCAGUUACUCACAUUUAAUAACGGUAAAAGUAUCUACGCCAAAUAUUCGAGUAGCUUAUGAAGGAAUUCCAGUUAAAGCACAAAUUGGACCUUGUUUCGAUGGAAUUGAGCUUAAAUUGAGUAGAAAAUAUUUCAAAAAAAAAUAA